AUCUUUUUCUUACUCCGGACUCGUUCUGUGUGUUGACAAUACGUACCUACUUACCUAUUCAUGUAUCAUUCUGUUACCGCCAUAUCAUAUCACAUCGCACACCCUUCAUCAAACACCAUGGCAGAGGCAGCACCGGUUCCUGACUCCUUCAUAACCGUCAGGUCAACACUCCCUCGCCUCCCUCUCCCGCUCAUCUCGGAGCGUCCGUUGGUCAAAACAGAGAGGCUGCUCAUUCGGCCCCUGGCUGCGUCCGAUCUAGAGGCCCUGCACGAACUGCGCACCCAACCGGAAGUCAUGUUUUGGACCUCCGCCGGCAAGCCUGACAGCAGUCUGGACGAGGCCAAGGCCAAGCUAGACUACUUCCUCUCACCAGAAGGAAACAACAAAUCAUUCAACUACGCCAUCUGCUUCAAGGAAGACCCGAGCAAGCUGAUCGGCAUCGGCGGCUGUCACAGCUGGGGCUCAAGCCUGGGAUGGCCUGAGCUAGGCUACAUGUUCAGGAAAGAGGUGUGGGGGCAGGGCAUCGCGACUGAGUUCUUGAAGGCUUGGUUGCCGCUAUGGAAGGCCUUGCCCAGGGAGGUGACGGAGGUGAAGUGUGACGAGAGGACGUUGAGGGGCGGGAAUGGGGUUUAUGAGAAUUCAGAAGAGAUGGUAGAAGAACGACUGAUGGCGUUGACGACGGAUGCAAAUGGGAAGAGCCAGAAUAUCCUGAAGAAAUGUGGGUUUGAACACGUUCUCACUUGGAAGGCGAGGGAACCGAGGCCUACUGAGGAUGGAACGGGAAUGGUUUUGGUUGAUAUGCCUUCUUUCAGGUACUUUCCUGGGAGGGGAUGAUGGGUUUAGCCUGAAGAGAGAGAAUAAAGAUGGAUGACUGAUGCCGCUCCUGAAACUGGUCGAGGAGACGUCCGUUUUGACAUCCGAUCCUGGCUCCACUUUACGGCGUCCGCCCCGCGUCGGGGUUCGUGCACCCCCGAUCGGCAAUCGGAGGCCGGAGCCGGGAUCAGAAUUACCUUUGCUCGCAUCAAAAUAAUAUUUGAGAAUGCGUGAUGCACUUUGAGGCAGGCUUGCCAGUUUAGUGUGAACGCUCACAACUCCGCUAAGAAUUGGGAACCCAAUGCUGGGUUCAUGUGAAAAGUUGGAUCGCAUGUAUGUUCAUGGCGGUGGAUGGGAUAAGAAAUUGAGAUGGGAUGAACUCAAUGCAUGAGGUGCAACUGUGGGA